AUGUCCUCUCUGGAUGCCAAUACUGAGGAUCACAUUUUUCAUACCCUCCUAGGUCCUUCAGUUAUCCUCAAAGCAAGAGAAUCAGUUUUGCUCCUGAGUACAAGCGCAGUCAAAUAUCUCCAGUUGUCUGACUAUACCGUUGCACUUGAAGGAGAUAGUACUCUUGUGGAGCAGGGUCGCUUUCACCAUCUUAUUGCAAAUCGCCAAUAUGUCUUUGGACUUAGACUUGGGGAUAACGUCUACGGAUUGUCUAAUCCAACACUAGUUGCACAUUCCAAAUUCAAGACCGAGAUUCAGAUUCAAACAAAGUCACUUGCAGAUAAUACUGAAAGAAAGGAUGCUUCCUUGGCUGAGCCCCAAGACAAUUCAUCUUCGUAUACUACUGCCGAGAUAUGUCCGGAUUCCAUCUACACGCCGAGCUUCCUCUCUCCUGAAACUGGCACCAUUACCAACUUCCUUUCCCAGGACACUAUACUCAUUGAUGGGCAGCUUCCAAUACAUCCUUACAGAACUGGAUUGCUGUAG